CCUUCGCACAACCUCGCGCAAGAAGGAUACUGUGCACCGGCGACCCAGCGCAUUUUUUCGAAUGUUUCCGAAAGUUUCGACAACUUGAGCUGGACUGUGUUCGUGCGUUUCUUGUGCUGUUCGCUGUUUCUCAUGUUCGAUGAAAAAGUGAAACCAGGAUGGAUUAAGUGCUUGUGGUCGUUGUUGUGACUCGGAUUGUCAACCCCCGAAAUGAGGGUUUAAAGUGCGCGCUGUGGAUUGGAUUUUUCUUAUCUUCUACAACGAACUUUUAACGAACCAUGGAAGUCGCUAAGACGAUUUUCCUCCUUGCGCUGGCUUUUCACAUAAUCUUGACUGACGAAAUUAAGGACACCAGGGAAGGCCAAGAUGUCACGUUGGAAUGCCGAUUUUCACCUCACAAUUCCAGAGAGACCCUGACAUAUUAUUGGGCGAAAAACAACAAGCAGACGCACGAUAAUGUGGCCAUAGGAAACGUUCCUCUGGAUAACAACUACAAAUUGAAUUUUCAUCCAGAGAAGGGUAUCUACGAUCUCCUAAUUUCCAACGCCAGUUACGACAGGGACAACGGCAACUUCGAAUGCAAAGUUAAGGCCGGAGGUUCCGGGGCCAAUUUGCAUGUACAGAAAUACACCCUUACCGUGUUAACGGUUCCCCAAGAACCAGCCAUCGCUCCCGGGUCCCACGUCACCGUCACCGAGGGGAAAAGACAGGAGCUGACCUGCAGCAGCGUGGGAGGAUCGCCAGAUCCACAAGUCAGGUGGUACAGAGAAGGCUCCACGUACCCCUUGGAGGCGGCGCUGAAGAAUGGCGGCUCGCGGGACCAGCCCACCACCGCGACCCUCUCGAUCGUCCCUUCGAAGGAGGACGACGAGGCCGUGUUUCGCUGCGAAGUGUGGAACAGAGCCUUGCCCGAGAAGAAGAAGUUAAUUUCAACCGUGUCACUUAGCGUCAACUAUUUCCCUCGCGUCGAAGUUGGUCCGGAGAACCCCUUGAGGGUCGAGCGCGACUCUCAAGCCACCUUACAAUGUUCGGUUGACGCCAAACCGAAAGUUUCCGGAAUCCGGUGGACCCGGAACGGACGUUUCAUUAGCACAUACAACAACCACGUGAUCCAUCGCGUCAGCAUCCAGGACGCGGGGAAGUACACGUGCAGCGCCGAGAACGGCCUGGGCAAAGUGGGGGAGAAGGAGAUCACCCUAGACGUCCUUUACGCGCCGAUAGUCACCUUGGAGGCUAAAACAAAGGAGGCGGAGGAGGGCGAAUCCGUGUACAUUAAGUGCAACGUGACGGCCAACCCCACGCCGGUUACCAUAGAAUGGGUCAAAGAUGGCCAGCCGGAUUUCCGACAGUCGGGAGACACCUUGAGACUGAGUCACGUGUCGGCGGAGAACUCGGGCACCUACAUCUGCAGGGCAGUGAACAUCAUCAGCCCCAGCUCGCCGCCGCUGAGGAGGAACGAGAAGAUCGGAAACUCCUCCAUCGCCCUUUUGAUCAGGCAUAAGCCGGGGAAGGCGAGGAUCAUGCCGGACAAGCCCGUGGCCACCGAGGGCUCCGCCGUGACGCUGACGUGCACCGCGACGCCUCCGGGCUGGCCGGCGCCCCAGUACCGGUGGUUCCGGAUCGGCAGCGACGGACAGCCCACCAUCUUGGCAACCGGGACUAAGUACACAAUCUCGAACGCGAAUCUGGGCACCGAAGGGGUCUAUAAUUGCCAGGCUACUAAUGAAUUAGGUCCCGGUGAGAUGGCUUCCGUCAAUUUAGAAGUCCAUCAGCCCCCGAGCUUCAAGUAUCAAUUAAAACCUUUGGAAACUAAACGUGUCGGUGAUCCCAAUUUCUCCAUGACCUGCAGCGCGAAAGGUAAACCGAAACCGAUGGUUAAGUGGCUGAAGGAUAACGAGGAACUCACUGCCGACGUGAAUAUGUAUGAAGUCAAGACUGAUUAUGCCGAGAGUCAUAAUGGCGCCGUCAUCGUACAGAGUGUUUUGAAAUUCAGCGGAAAAGCGCGACCUAAUGGAAACGAAUUGUUGCCCAGCGAUCGAGGGAUUUACACGUGCUCCUUUGAGAACGAGGUCAAAAAGUCCGAGUCCAGCAUGCACCUGAAGAUUGAACAUGAACCGAUCGUCCUUCAUCAAUACAACAAAGUCGCCUAUGACAUCUCCGAAACUGCUGAAGUUGUGUGCAAAGUUCUCGCCUACCCGAAACCCGAAUUCAAAUGGUUUUAUGGUUCGCAUCCUACACCUCUUCAAUCAUCCUCCGAAGGCCAUUACGUCAUCCACACGAGCAUGGAAGAGGACACAUUCACCAGUGUGCUACGCAUUUCCGACAUAAAGAAAUCCGAUUACGGCGAUUACAACUGCCAGAUCGUCAACAACUUGGGAAAGAUCGAGACUAAGAUUCGUUUGCAGCCCAAAGGUCCACCUGAGAAACCGUCCAAGCUGGUGUCCCUUCACACCGGCCCGAACUUCGUCACCCUCGGCUGGGAGCCCGGUUUCAACGGCGGCAUCUCCAACACCAAGUACUUCGUCUCGUACAAGAAAGUCCCCGGUGAUGAAGACCUCAUGGUCGAGGGAUGCGGGACCGUGUCGAAAUCCACGGAUUGGUCGGAAGUUGAUUGCCAGCAGAACGUCCCCUGCAACGUCUCGCAUUUGGACCAGCAUCAGACCUAUUUGUUUAAGGUUAAAGCGCUGAAUACCAAGGGGAACAGCGAGCACUCGCAGGAGAUUCGUCUAACGACGAGGGUCGACCGGAUCCCUCUUCCUCAAAGGGUGGCCUACGACCCGUCUUCGCACACUGUGUCGAUUAACGUUCCGGUUACUUGUCUGCCUCUCGUGGCGGUUAUUGAGACCGUUAGCAGCGACAGUCACCCGAUUCCUAUAUGGCAAGCCGUCGAAACUAUUCCUUUGCAAGUUUCGGGCAUUUCCCCUACGUACAAGGAAGCUAAUUUGGACCAGUUGGGCAGGAGCUACAAAGGACGUUCGUUAGUGGACGAACCCAUCGGUGUUAAUGAUAACUACACCCCCAGAGUGGGGGUGAAGUUGUGCUUGAGAACCCGUCAGGAACACUGCGGGGAGUUCGUCGAAGCGGAGCUGGGAUCAUCCUACUUCCGCGAGGCGCCGGCUCUUGCCACCCCGACAUUGAUUGCCAUCGUGGUUUCCUGCAUCGUUUUUGUCUUGUUCGUGGGCUUGCUGCUGAUCUUCUGCAGAUGUAAAAGAAAUCAGUCGAAAAAGUCCCAAUCCAAGGACUACGAAAUGGAUUCGGUGAGACCGACGAUAAUCCCGCAGCAGAACCAAGCCCCGCCCCCGUAUUACCCAUCAACCGGGAUGGAAAACAAGGCCCUGGAACACUCCCUGGACCUGGCGCUGGCCAUGGAAGACCAGAAGAACGUUUACGCCACGCAGAACGGUUAUGGGUAUCACGUGGCCAACCCGGACAUACAGAGUCGGCAGAAUAUCGCCAACAACGACUGGGCCAACAUGGGCUAUUUGGAAAACAGUUAUUCAAAUUCUAAUAACGGGGGCAGCGUUAAUUCCCAAGACUCGUUGUGGCAGAUGAAAAUGGCCGCAGCGUCCACCAACUCGACCAAUCAACUUCAACCUCAUCAUAUCAAUGUUGAUAGGCAGAAUUCGUACGGAUAUGAUCCUAUAACCCAUGGAGGUUAUGGGGCAGUUGACGAUUAUGCCCCCUAUCCGCAUAUUACGACGCAGAGCAAUCACGGAGACGACUACAUGAGAAACAGCAACAAUCCGUCCAGGCAAGAUUAUUGCAGCGAUCCGUACGCCGCCGUACAUAAGCCCAAGAAGAGAAUCGACCAACAUAUUGACUCUCCAUAUCACGACGUCAGCGGCCUCCCGGAUCCAUAUUUGGAGCAAAUGGAGGACGAGAAGCCGCCUCAACACAUGUCACUCAGUUAUGAGGAAAGUUUAGAAAGUGGAUAUUCCACCCCUAAUUCCCGGACAAGAAGAAUAAUUCGCGAGAUAAUUGUCUAAGUGUUGUUUUCGUUCCCCGUUUGAGACUUUUUUUGUGCUUCCCGCGUAUCAGCAGAGUUUGUAAAUUCCCUAUUUUUAUGUUUCGAAAAUAAUUAUCGUCUUGAGUACCUGAAAUCACGUUAUUAUUCUUCACAAUAUUAGUGUUUUAAAUGUUUGUGUGUGUGCAUGUGGACCGUUUUUAACUGCCAUUUCGUGUCACAAAUUUUGCCAUUUGAAAGCCAAAUGUGGACUAACAAACUUUUUAAAAAGACGAAUUUUAAAGAAAUGUGAUUAUGAUUGCAAUAAGUAUUUGUUGUGUACUGUUAUCGUAUUGUUUGAUUUAGGUUUGUGGAGGUGGCGCAUCGUGUUACCUUUCAUCGACGUGCCUUAAAGACUGGUAAAUAAGCCCAUUUGCCACUUUUUAACGUGCUUUUAUUUUUUUAUGGACGACGAGAUUAUUUUGUAGAGAAAAUGUGCCAAAGAAAAGUAACUCGAUGCGCUACGACGACUUGGUUCUCUUGUGUUUUCACGUGCUAUUUUCGAAAAGUGUCACGCUCAAAGUUUUCUUCGUUUCAAAUGAUCUCACAAGAUGAUUAAAAGCCGACUAGAGAAUAUUAAAUAAUUUUAUUGUGUAUUAUUUUGUAAAUACAAUGCAAAAAGACUAUUAUUUUGUAAAUGUAAGGCUAGGUCUUUAAGAUUAUUACUAUACUCGAGUUUUAAUGUUGUAAAUAAUACCCCAUGAUAAGUUUUUUAUUUGUAUCAUUCAUUUUUGUAAAUAAAUGUGUAUUAAAAACUUUUCUAA